CCUCGAAUCCAUCUUUUUGAGGCCUGCCUUGAACACGAAACGGCGAUGGCCGAUGUGGCAGAAGUAGCCGACGCCAGCGCAGCUCCUGUCGCUCACGACACCCCCGCAGACUCCUCUGCAGCUCCAUCCCAGGAUCCAGACGUCCUUGUCGAUGAAAACGCCAACUUCGACGCUGAUCGGUUCCUGGACGUCGUAGUAACCAGCGUCGACGUAGCCCCUCCCAGUGUCACGCAGAGCAUCACGUCUUCCCUUUACACCUCGGACCUCCAUAUUUACUCAGUCGAGUUUGUCGUGACCAAAGGGACCACUUCUUACUGCAUCGAACGACCUCUCAACACUCUGUUCGAUGUGCUAAACGCCAUCCAAGUGGCAGCUUCGACGCCCAUUAAUGACACCAAUGAACACCUGCGUCUGCCUGAAUUCCCACCGAAGGGAAGUCGCAACGACUCAGUGAUCGCCCAAUGGUGCGCUCAGAUGACGACGUUCCUGGCCGCCCAUCGCUGCGGAAUGUUAGAAUUGCAUCCAGACUGGUUGAGCUUUGUGGCCGAACGUGAUGAAGACAAAGGCGCUCGAAUGCACAUGACGGCGGUUGACUUUAUCUUACAACCCUUUCCGUUGGAGAAAUUCUAUGUGCCGAGAGGCUCACGACAUGAAGUGGUGAUGCAAGUGAAGGCCAACAAAGACGACGAUUCCCCGCAUUUUAUUGUGUGGAAGUUCGAGUUGGAGGAUUUCGACGUGGAUUUCAGUGUAUCAUUUGCUCCUGAACCGUACGAGCAACCGGUUGAAAUUGUGCAUGCACGUACGAGAUAUGUGUCGACAACUACGGGCCGUGCUGUUCAGGGUUUGUAUCGGUGUCUACGACCAGGGAAGGCCACAUUAGUGUGGGAUAAUUCGUAUUCGAGGCUGCGAGGGAAGAAUAUAUUGUACCAGGUUCAAGUAGUAACCAACAGUAUUAUGGAAUCAGCGACAGCGGCGGCAGAUGCGCUGGAUGAAGCUGUCCAAGCGGAGAAGGCACGCGAUCAAGAGCGAGAUGUUGCUCUGUCCACGGCACUCAUUGUAAGCGCUGGGGCUUCAUCCGAUGCAAACCAGCAGUCUGGGUAUUCUGCGUACAUCCCGGAGGCUAUUGCUCAGCAGAGCUGGUUACUGAGUGCACCGAUCAGCGCAGCUGGGAAUUUGGCGUGGAAAUUGUUUGGCUCACAGGAAGAAACAGCGGUAGUACCAGCAUCGAGAACCCAGCGCAGUGGAGAAUCCGAAGCUCGUAGUUUGCUGGAGGAGCUGAACGGACUCAACAUGCAGUUAAUGGAGCGUAUGGAAAGCUUAGAGGACAGCGUAGCCAAGCUGACAACCGAACGCGAUCAAGAACGAUCAAGGACGCACAUGGCAAUAGUGGAGAAGGAGAACUUUGCAAACGAAGUGAAGGCAAGGGAGCAGGAGUUGGCCUCUAUCGCAGGUGAACUCCAACGGAUACAGAGAGAACGUGAAGCAUGGCGUGAGAUUCAAGCAGAAAGAGAUGCACUACUGGAAGAAAAACACCGUUGGGCUAUGACGGAUGACUUUGACGGUGAUGAAGAGGCUUCCAGCUUGGCGAGUGAAAUGGACUCUACGACUCGCAACAGGCUCGAGCAGGAGCUUGGGCAGGCUGAAGCAGCAGUGUUAAGAUGUCGUGCGGAGUUGGGAUACCCUUUGAACAAUCAUUUAACUGGAACUUCUACCAGACUGGAAAAAAUUGCAAGGGAAAUGGCCGCGACGAAGCAGCAAUACGAAGAGCAAAUGCAGACUUGGGAACAAGAACGCUUGCAGUUAACUCAGCAGCUAGUGAAAGCUCGUGGCCAGAGACGUGUGCUAGUGACGGAAAUCCGUAACAUGCGUACUCAGACCGAGGGACAGAUCGCUGUGGCUAUGGCUGAGGCGAGUGAAGCGCGAAUGGUGAACAAGCGGUUGAAAAAGCAGAAUGAAUUGUUGUUGACUCAGAUCCGGACGCUCAUUAACGAAGCUGAAGAGAAUGAGAAGAAACUUCAAGAAGUUCGGAAUGAGCUCAAGCAACAGCAAAAGCCAAUACAGCCAGAAGUCCAAUCUAGGGAUAUAGAGACCGGAACAGAAGCGGUGGAGAUGCUGGACCUUUCGGUUAGGGAUGAAUCAUCUCCCAAUAGCGAUAAUCGUCCCGAUGACAGUGAAGCAAGCCGAGAUGAGACUACGGAAGAGGAGGAAGACUCGCCGGUGCCGUACACAUUAAGUGAGGACGACAUUGCAGUCCUAAAUGGACGUCCACCUACGUCUGCAGCGGUGAGACCCGCGUCUGCUUCUUCGCCAGAGCGACAUGAAGAAGCACAAACACUCUCGUUCUCAACGACCAUCACUCACGAUAACCCGUAUCGGGCACGACUUGUGGCCUUCUUCGAGGAUCGCGAUCCGGAUAAGCUUGUGGAAGUGGACGAGAUGCUCGCAAGCUACAAGGGCGUGGAAGAGUCUCUCUUCGAGAGUUUGGAGCUGAAAUACAGCUUCAUGGAACUCAACCAGCGCAUCGCUCAAGCAAUGUGAACAACAACACAUAUAAUUUUUUUUUUUCAAAUUGCAGCCCAAAGCUCCAUUAAAAAAUGUGGAAACAUACGAACAGCUCAGCUGCUGUACUAUUCAACGGCAGACUUACUCCUUCUUGGUCUUGGGCGCCUUGUUGCCACGGCUCGUGCAGCAGCCGCACAUGCAGCCGAGCAGCAGACCAAGCAGAAGGCCACCCGAGAAGGUCACGAGCAGCACGUUCUUCUUGGUGGCCAGCAACGUGAUGAAGUCCCUCUUGAUGUCGUGCACCUGCUGCACGGCGAAGUCCAGGAAGCUCGGGGCGGCGUUCACCACUUCACCCUCCACCUUCUUAAAUCCACCGCGCGCGAAGGCCGCGAGAUCCUCGAGCGUGCGCUUGCCCGCGUACUUGUACGACUUGCCGUGGCUGAAGUGCAGCAACGUGGGGAAACCGCGGAUGCCGAAGCGCUUGCCCAGGUCAGCGUUGGCCGUCACGUCCACCUUGGCCACAUUCACCUCGCCCUUUAGAUCAUCCGCCACCUUUUCGUAGAUGGGCGCCAGUUUCUUGCAGUGGCCACACCACGGCGCGUAAAACUCAACGAGCCAGUCCCCGGUCGUGGCUCCCGAGCCAGCUUGCGUCUUGUGCUCAAAGUCGUCGUUAGUCAGCACGAUCACGUUGGACGCGGCCUCGUCGGCGGCCGCCAGCUGUACAGAGCCAAGAAGCGCAAGCAGCGCCACGCAAAGGAACUGCCAGUAAGACAUCGGGAGAUUGAAUACACUAAAGCUUCUUGGGAUUCAGUG